CUCCACGGCUGGAAGAUCCUGCUCCCCACUCUUGUGGAACCUGAAGAAUUUGUGUUCGAGGGUCAGACCUAUGACCAUACCAGCAUCGCCGUUGCUGUGAUCAGUGCGAUCCAUGCGGUUUCGCACGGACGGAAAGGCAUCCUCUACCACCUAACACUGCGAAAAGGCUUCUUUGUCGAGGGCGGAUUGCUGGACCUCUGUGCCAAGAUCGUAUCCUUAUGCAUCUACUGCAGCCUCAGCCCCUACGCACAGCAAGGCCCGAGCUCAGUGCGACUGCAACCACGGUUGGAGCUGUUCAGGCACCGGGGACAGGUGCUGUUUAUCGAUUACAUCUGUGGCCUUGCUUCCGGUGACGAGUUCAGCAGCAUCUUCACGGCCACCGACGGACGGAGCGAGCUGACAUGGGCGGAGCCGACGACGGACGCGACGGCAGCCACGGCCGCCGACUGCGUCUUCCGCUUGAUGUUGGCAACUUUCACACUGUAUUCCUACAUCCGAUGCGACAACGGGUCGCAUUUCGGGCGUCUAUUUCUGGACACCCUCAACGCGCUCAUCCAGAAAAUCGACCCCCUGCACGAGGUCAAGACCUGGAAGAGCCCGCACUACCUCGCGUCCGGAAACUGGAUGGUCGAACACCCUCACCACCUUCUCAACUUCCUGAUCCGCC